UCUGCCUAUCGGUUCUUCUGUAUCAUGACGUAACCCUGUGAAAGAGCAAUCGCUGCUCCUAACAAUGUAAGCAAUCAACAUAUUCCAGCUCUGCUUCAAAUGUAGGCUAUCAAUAAGAGCCAUGCUACAUGGCUUGGGGCACGGUCCGUUUCGGUUAAUGAAACAUUCAUCGUGUUUCUAUAUUUGCGACGAGGGGCUGUCCAUUUCUCCUCUCUGCAAUGAUGAUUCAGACUGAAGAGCGGACCCAGUGAGGGAGUCAUGGCAACACAAGAACCUUCUCCUCCUUCAUCAAUGGAGAGCAACAAACCAGGCUUCCCCAAGAAGAUCUUGGCAAAUACGCUGGAGGAUAAGCACCUUUGCAACUGCUGUCAUAACAUUUUGAGGAGACCAUUCCAAGCCCAGUGUGGUCAUCGCUUUUGUUCCUACUGCUUCAACAGAACUGUCAGCAAUGGACCCCAGAAAUGUAAUGCCUGUAUCAAGGAGGACAUAUUUGAAGAGCCCACAUCUAUUCUCAAACAAGGCUGUGCCUUUCCUGACAAUGCAGCUCGGAGAGAGGUGGAGACGCUUGCUGCAAUUUGCGUUAACGAGGGCUGCACUUGGAAGGGCAGCAUCAAAGAAUAUGAGCUAAGCCACGAGGGAAAGUGUGAGUUCAUGAUCAUCCCCUGUCCCUCAUGUAAGGAGCGCAUACGCUUCAGCGAGCAGGAGAGGCAUAAUGAACGCGAAUGUCCAGAGAGAACCCUCAACUGCAAGUACUGCAAAGAGCCAUUUCAUUUCAAAAACAUUAAGGCACAUGAUGAGAUCUGCCCCAAGUAUCCGAUGAUCUGUGAAGGCUGCGCAAAGAAGAAAAUCCCCCGGGAAAAGUAUGUCGACCACAUCAAGUUUUGCAGCAAAUUCAGAACUCCAUGCCGAUAUCAAGUAGUAGGCUGUGACAUGUCAGUUGAGAAGGAGAAGAUCCACGAGCACGAGCGUGCCUGCGCCCACGAGCACCUCAACCUGCUGCUGCACUACAUCAUGGGCAUGAAGGUGAGCCUGGAGGGGCUGCAGCCGCAGAGCCUGGAGCUGGCCGGGCACAAGGCCCACGAGCUGCACCAGUCCCUGCGCGAGCUGGAGCUCCGCGUCAGCCAGCUGAGCGCCAUGUCUGCGCCCAUCCUCGGGCCUCCCGUGCAGGGGGCCUCCGCCUCGUCCUCCUCCUCCUCCUCCUCAGCCUCGGCGUCCGGCUCCAGCUCCGCUGUGGCUGCCGCACCUCCGCCGGCGCUGCCCACCGCCACACUGUCCACCUCCUUCACGCCGCUGCCCAGCUCGGUGGGUGCGGCGCUGGAGCUGCAGCUACACAGCGAGAAGACCAAGGUGGCGGAGCUGGGCCGGCGCUGCCAGGAGCUGGAGGUGAAGGCGGGCACCUUCCAGGAUGUGGUGUGCGUGCUGAACCGCGAGGUCGAGCGCUUCGCCACCACCAUCGAGGCCAGCAACCGGCAGCACCGACUGGACCAGGACAAGAUCGAGGCUCUGAGCAACAAGGUCCGGCAGCUGGAGCGGACGGUGGGGGUGAAGGACCUGACCGUGGCUGAGAUGGAGGGGAGGCUGCGCGAGAUGGCUGCCACCACCUUCGACGGCGUCUUCAUCUGGAGGAUCUCCGACUUCACCAAAAAGAGGCAGGAUGCCAUUGCUGGACGCGCCCAUGCCAUGUUCUCCCCUGCGUUUUACACAAGCAAGUAUGGCUAUAAGAUGUGUUUACGGAUCUACCUGAAUGGGGAUGGGACAGGCCGUGGCACACACCUCUCUCUGUUCUUUGUGGUGAUGAGGGGACAGAGUGAUGCCCUGCUCAAAUGGCCUUUCAACCAGAAGGUGACCCUCAUGCUACUGGACCAGAGUAACCGGGAGCACAUCAUUGAUGCCUUCCGGCCCGAUGUCACUUCCUCCUCUUUCCAGCGGCCUGUGAGCGAGAUGAACAUCGCCAGUGGCUGCCCGCUUUUCUGCCCUCUGUCCAAGCUCGAGGGCAAGAACUCGUACAUACGCGAUGACACCAUCUUCAUCAAGGCCAUCGUGGAUCUCACAGGCCUCUAAUCUAAGGGCUCGUGGUUUUCAGGUUCUGUAACGGAUCUCGUGCUGUGUAAACGGAGUGGGUCGUGUGACUCGCUCGCAGUGUUUCUGACAGGGUAUUUUGUGCACGGGGCUUGUUUUGUUUCUCGAGAGCUUAUGCCCUCUCGUUCAUGGCACAUCCCUUUCACCUGCAUGCGAAUGCUGACCCAGCAUGUCUGCACUGAUGCUAUGGCAGGCUCGGCUCGUGCCACCAGGGGGAGCUAGAGGUCCACGUGGCUAUCACUCUCACAAGCACAUGAGCCUAAUGAGGGUCCCGUCUCAGCUUCAGAUGACGUCAGUGCUGUUUACAUUUUUAAAAGAGCUUAAAUUAGUAACGGUGACAAUAGGUCAGCUUGGCCUGUGUCUGUCUGGUGCUGUGUACCUGCUUGUUGGUAUGACAGGGUAAUUUGUGUUGAAGUUAUGUCAGUAUUUCUAUAAAUAUAACAGUUAUAUCAAAAAUAGAUUUUGGAGGACCAAUAUUUAGUGGAGAUGCACCCAUGUAAAGAAAGGGAUGCAGAUUGUAAGUGCCAAUGGGGGAAAUGGCUGUUUAUGGAACAGCCUAUGGAUUGGCCCCUAAUUUUUAAGUCUCAAACUUCAGCCCUUUUUGAAGGGUGAUUUCGAUUAUGCUUGCUUAUUGUAGCGGUCAUCAAUUUGCAUAGAAGAAACGUGGAGUUACUGAAAAAAAAUAAUUGGCAGAUUUAAUAUGUAGGUGCAAUUUGCAUGUUAACCAACCUAGCAUCUCUUUCGUUGGCCUUUGAGAGAGAAAUUCCAUUGUCUUUUGAAGCUUGCAUAGGAGUAGAUUUCUUUCAUGUUAUUGUAAAUGGCAACAUUCCAUUUAGUGUGUGCUCAGUCAGUCAGUGAGUGAGUGGUUUUAGACUUGAGGGCUGGUUUGUUACAUCUGUGGAAGAUACAUUUGAAGUUAUCAGGGUUUUAGCAGUAGUUCACAGCAGGGUUUUCAUAUCUUUCAUAUUCACCAUUUUAGUAUGUAUCCCUUGGCAUCCUACAUUUAACUGACAAACAGGGUAUUGCCGCUCCUGCGAUGGUAUUUCUUGUUGCUUUUGUUUGUUUUUUCUCUCACGCUCUCAUCUGGAGUCUUGGUUUAGCAGAUUUGGGAAUGGAAUGUAAACGUAUUUGACAUAUCGAGUGCAAUGGGAUGGAAGUUUGAAGAAGUUUGUAGAAGUUUUAUUGAAGAUUUAUUAAACUUGGAAGUUAGAAAUGACUCGAAAGGAACUAACCCAUGAGAUUUGUAACCACGUGUGCAAUGUCUAACUAGUUUGAUAGAAAGGUAGGUUAGUUUUGAUGAUAGGAGUAUUGGCAAGGUGAUCUGUGAGCUGGUGUUUACAACUGUAAUAUUGAGAUGUCAUAUAAGGGUAUGUGAUGUGUUAAAAUGGGUGGUCUAUAUUAGCAACGUGUGCAAUUUGCAAUUAGCUUCUAUUCCAUUUGGCUUUAAGAAAUUCUUUUGAUGUAAUGGUGGUUAUUUUUAAACCAGCCAUGACAGAUCUUGAAGCUUCUCUGUGCAUGAGAAGCUUCAACGAAUAUAAUGUUUUAUUGUGUGUGUGUUUAUCUAUGAUCUUACACAGUAGGUCAAAAGUGGACACACAUCUUUAUAUUUUAAUGAAUAUCACAAUAUUAUACUAUUAUAUUAUAUACGAUGCUGCUUAUAUAUUUUCUUGAAAUAUUAGCAGUAGUAAUCCUUGAAGAAUAAUAUAGAUAUAUACUUUUAAUAUUAUGAUAUAUGCUAAUCUAGCAUCUAUAAUCAAGUACAUGUAAGAACACUAUUCAGUGAAAUUGUGUGAUAUAUGUUUUUAUUAUGGAUAUAUAGCCACAUAGCUGAUUUUUGUGCUGUCAUGGUGGUUUAAAAAUGUUUAAGGGGGGCAUUAAAAAAUGCUAUACCUAUUGCAGUAGUGAACGUUAUUGUUGCAAAAUGCACACAAAAUAUUUAGGUCCUUUUAAUCAAAGUGCUCAAAACCUUUCAUAGGUGUCAUAGGAUGACAGAUAGAGUUGAUACAGAUGAUAUAGCGAUGUGCAACAAUUUAAGCAACAAAUGCCAAACUUAGAUGGAAACUUAUGUACUUUUUAAUACUCUUCCUAUUUGUUUCUUGUGCCAAAUGUGUAGAGGGUUGAAAGUUUUAACAUGGUUUGAGGCAUAGAUUGAAUGUACGGAAGGCGCAGUGCAAUUUUAUAUAAUGGGUUUACAUGCUAAAUGCGGAACCAUAUUAACUUUCUACAAGAAUUGUGUCCUACAAUUGAUGUGUUGAAAUUCGUUUUCAGUUCAAGUGUAUUUAUUAUCGAUGUUAUUCAAAGCCCAUAUUACAGUUUUUAAUUGUAUCAAUGCUGUA